UUUAACAUGUCCUGAAGAAGAUGCUGUUAUUAUUUGCACGGAGAAUUCAGUGACGUCACAUUUUCCCCUCGUUGUGCUGCUCUCUUCUCGUCGCCAUGGACGAUCUCUCACUUGAGAAAAUCGAGAUUUCGGGUUCAAUAUUGGCGUCGCUGAUUCAACGAGCUUCCUCCUCUCCCAGUGACGUCGAUGGCUUGAUCUUCGGCCAAAUCCACCGCAUCGUUUCCUCUAAUCUCCCCGACGAUUCCCCGGCGGAUUCGUUCGCCUCGAGUUCCUCGUCUGAUCAAGUUGUCGCCACCGUUACCAGCUUCGUCUGCUCCGGUAAGACCGUCUCAUUCUACGAUCCGCUUGGCCGAGUUAACUCGCGUCGAGUCGAUUCCCUACGAGUCGACUCGCCGGACCGCUUGAUUGGCUGGUUCUCCGCCCGCCGGAAAACAGCUAACCGUCCCUCAAUGAGAGAGUCAGCCGUCACUUCGUCUCUCUCGUCUCAAUUUCACUUGCCGAUCGAGGAUUCGCAAAACCCUAAAUCGACGAACAUGGCUUCCUGCGUGUUCUUCCUUCUCACUACGCCGUCGACUGAUCAGUGCAUCCACACGCACGAGUACCGUGCGUACCAGUUCCGAUCCUCGAAACAACGGCUCGAACCGAGAUCUGUUGGUAUAGUCAACAUUGGACCGGCGUUCCGAGGCCACUACGGUUCGUUCAGCCCGAAAUCGGGAUUUCCGCCGCUGGUCUGCGAGUUGGAUAGCUCAGCCAUGGUCGUGGAUAGGGAUGAUGGUUCCUUGGGUGCGAAGAAGCAAGCAGCGAAGGAUCAGAAGGAGAUCGAUGCGUUGGCAGAAGGGUUACAAGUUGGAGACUUGAAACGUUUGGUUGGAGCUGAAGCUGCGAGUUUCACUGGCGGGAUUGAAGAUAUGUAUGAGAGAAUGUUGGCCAAGAUCCAAAGCUUGGCUUCGGAUGUUGAGACGAGCUCGGCUUUCGUAUUUCAACAGGAGAAACACAAUCGGAAGUUGAGAAAUCGGGUUGCCAGAAUCGGGCGAUGAAGCUUCUUUUGAGUUUCUGUUCUUGUUUCAAGGUUUUUUUUCAGUGUAUUAAUAUACUUGGAAGUUGGAACUCUCUACCUUAAGGGUAUCGUACAGUACAGUACUGGCUAUGGCGCAAUUGGAAUUUAUAUGGAGGAGACAUGUUGUAUUACAGUUUAGCUAAUUUCUUGUUAAACCUUUGCUGGCUAGAUUGUGCUUGAUCAGAAGAUAUCUCGUUUUCCUUCUAUGGCUAGUUUUUGUUAGAGAACAAUCUAUAGUGGAAUUGAUUCAUGUCAAGAGUUCUAUAA